UGGGCAGGUAGUGUGGGAGGAAAUGCCAGACCUCUCACUCUGCCUCCUACCUGCCUUCCUCAGCUCCACGUCCUCUUCCCUUGACUCCUUGCUGGAGCGGCACACCCAGGUAUACACUGUCACAUAUCUUCUGAACCAGGUGGAGCAAGAUGAGCUCACUGAGGCAGAGGCCAAGGGAGCAGCUCCAGUCCAAGCUGAAGUCCCACCUGCAGAGCCUGUGCCAGCUCCACCUGCAGCUGCCUCCCCAGCUCUGGCACCACAGCCAGAGCGAGCACCAGGAAGCCCUUCUCCUCCAGCUGGACAGCUGGGGCAAAUGGUGGCUCCUCAGCAGGUGUCAGCUCCUGACCUCCCCUUGGGGCAAGCUCCUGCCCCACACUGGCCAUUCCCCUCCAUUAUUGUUGCUCUUGUUUUUUCCUUGACUUUUGCACUUAUUUGCUGGAUUUAUGUCAAUGAUAGAUUGAUUUUUAAAUAAAAGGUAAGAUUUUACUGUUGCUUAACAUGAUCGGCUUGGUGGCAUGAAGUACCUUCUCAGUGCGGUGAACCUGACACCUCUGUCGAGGUCCAGGGCAUUUUCCUCAGUGCUGCACCCAUGAGUGGUUCCUCCUCUGACACCUGCUGCUAGUCCCUGGCCACCACUCAUCUUAUGUCCCCGUAAUUUACCUAUUCUACAUUUUUCACAUCAGUUCAAUCAGAUUUCUCCGUGUCCACAUAAUCCUGGAAGGGACUCAUGCAUGAAUCCUGCUUUCCGUAGAA